AGUAUAUAAAUUCAACAAAUAUUAAUUGACUAGCGUUCGAACGAUUCGUGAUGUGGUGGUCUUCGUGUCGAUUCACCUGUAGCUUGCAGUGUGUAAACCCGGCCUUAACAAGAAUGAUUUGAGUUUAUUGGUAAUCGUUAGCGAUUGUUGUCGGGAAUGAGAAACAAAUUUACAUCUAAUUCAACUUUCUAAGCAAAGUCCAAUAUCUAGAGGCGAAUGAACUGAAAAGUUUAAAGAAACUCCAAUAUGUAUGGAUAAUAAUCCUGAUUUCAUAUACUACAAAGGCCUCUUCAUGACAAAAUCUCACCAAUCAGGACUUGGAACAAUGAAUCUCCACACAUGCACGUUUUUUUCCGAUUAUAUCCACAUUGCCCUCAGUACGCACAGCGUUCCACAUUUUAAACGACUCGACGAAAUGUGGAACGAUGUCAACUGAAGUGAAAGCAGCAAACACAUCUCUUUUGGGAAAAAACAUCAUCUGGAAGAGAAAAAGUGUGAGGGAUCUCACCCUACCUGAACAGCGCAUAGAAUAGAUACCAAGAUAGCGUUGAAGAGAACUACAACGAUGCAGUGAACAGCGACAACAACGAAAAUAGUUGGAUAAUUAGUCAGCUGAAGAACCACAGAACAGCUGACAAGGAUGGCCUCACAGCGGAGUUCUUCAAGGGGUGUCCGGCUCACACAGUAUAUAUACUGGCUAAUAGCUAGGACCUGUGACACGGAGCAGCUAUCGGAGGAGCGGAAAAAAUGAAUUGUGAGAACUACCGUGCAAUCUCGAUCCUGAAUAUUGCCUACGAAAAUCUAUCUCAGGUCCUUAUUAGCCGUCUAUCGCCAAUAGAAAGCAGAUUUUUGAGAAAUUUUCAGACUGGAUUCAUGCGCGGUUACUCGAAGACGGACUUGAUUUUUAGCUGACAAGACUAAUCCAUGCAACGAUGAAUGGUGUGCGGUGCAGUGCCAGGAUCUCAGGCGAUCUGUAGGAAUCGUUUGAGACUCCGACAAGGACUUAGACAAGGCGAUGGACUUCUCUGUCUGCACUUCAACGUGGUGUUGGAAGGUGUUAUGCGGAGUGCUCUUCCAAAUCCGGGUACGAUUUUUUGCAAGUCCAAUUCAGGUUAUCUGGUUAGCCGAAAACGUGGACAUAAUUGUGCCUGACUGAAAUACAAAACACGAUCGCAACAUAAUACCUUUUGAUAGUAGUGUUGUAAUCGACGGUGACGAGCUUGAGGUGGUCGACGACGUUAUCUACCUUGGCUCUGUGAUAGCAACUGACAACAACAACAGCCGUGAAAUUUCGGAGACGCAUAAUCAACGGAAGUCGUGCCUACUCCGGGCUCCACUAAUCCCUAGGGUCCAACAAAUUCUGACCCCAUACAAAUUCCUCAACGGGCACAAAUUGUGGACGAUGUUCGAAAAGGGUUCGCAGGCAUUUGGUGUUUUCGAUUGCCGAGUGCUCAGAACGAUAUACAGCUGUUUACAGAGAAACGAAGUAAGAUUUGGUAAGAUUUUAUUCCAAGGCAGACAACGUAGAGCAGUGGUGGCCAGGUAUAGGCAUGGUGCGGACCGCAUUAGAAUUUCCAUUAUAGCCGAGAGCCGCAAUGAUUUUUUUCUCUCUACUUUUCAUUAUGAAAUGUAAAAUACGCGUAUUUAGCUGGGACUUUUUUAGACUCACUUUUAAUUCUAAAUUAGAAAGCUUUCUGUUUUAUACCUUUAAAAUCAUAACUCGAGAACAAAAUGAGAUACAAACCCAAAACUUUUAUUGAAGGUAAAAAAGUAUCCAGAAUUAACAUUUUUGGCAAAAUUAUUCGACCAUCUCUUCUUCACGCAGAGUAGAAAACGCUAAGGCCAAUCGUCAAUCGCUAGAGCUUCUCGAUAGAAUUAUUUAACGAUUGGUAAUUCCAAUGAGAACGUCCAACUUGGCCCGGAGUGAAUAAUCCGAUGGAUUGGCAAAUCAUUUGCGCAGAAGAAGUCGGUAGAUUUGUUGCUAGUCUCGUUUUUUAACCAUUCUAGAUGUUUUUUGCAUUAAAUGACUCACACAUCGAUGUACGCACCAAUUUAUUUAUCCAAUUCUUUUCGACUAAUGAACGCUCUUGUUUCGUCGUUCAUGAACAACAUAGAUAACAUUGUGCAGUCGUACCGACCUCGGACAUCACUUUUUGGGUCUAUCGCCCAAAUCGGUUGUUUCUUUGUAGUGUUGUAGUGUAUGAAACACGAGUCGUUCGUUGAUAGAAAACGGUUUGAGCAACUUGGAGCAACUAUUUUCUCGUUUCCCGCCCCUCAAUAGCGUGACAAUUGCCACACGCUUCUCGUACAGACCGAACUUUAUCGAAACUUGGUGAGAGUGAAGGAGGACCUCGAACUACACGACUACAGUAUUACCACUUUCCUACGCUUCAAAUUUCUCUGCUGAGAGCAGUUGCGAUUUAUGGCUAUACUUGAUAAUGUGAAUACGGUAUCACGACUAAAUUGGACGUUCUCUCAAUCAUCAAAAAGUUUCUACAAUAUUUUUUGUUUGUUUCAAUAUAGAAACUCCUUAAACACCGACAUACUCCAACACCGUUUUCACUCGAACUACUUUUCUUGGACCAUUUUAUCUAAAUCAACUUGAAUGUGAGAUAUAGCGAUGUGUAGCGUGUUUUUCCAAAUGACUUCUUGCAUAACUGAAACAAUUGCUCACAAAUAUUUUUGGAAGUAAUAAAACGAGUAUGUUUUAUUAGUUUUAGAAAUCGAGCUUCUGGAACAAAUCUGGAGUAGAAAUCCAAGACAUCAUGAUUUCCUAGCUAUUCAAAAACCCGGAAAACCCGCGUCCGACUUCAAUUCGUACCGCCCAAUAGCAAUGCUGUCUUGUAUACGGAAAUUGUUGGAGAAAAUGAUCUUGUUUCGCCUUGAUCGAUGGGUUGAAACGAAUGGCCUACUCUCAGAUACACAAUAUGGGUUCCGCAGGGGCAAGGGGACGAAUGAUUGUCUUGCGUUGCUUUCUUCAGAAAUUCAAUUGGCUUACGCCGAAAAAAAACAAAUGGCUUCAGUAUUCUUGGACAUAAAGGGGGCCUUUGAUUCUGUUUCAAUAGAGGUCCUGUCAGACAAAUUACACUCUCGGGGUCUGCCGCCUCUAUUGAAUAAUAUGUUAUAUAACUUGCUUUGUGAGAAACAUUUGAAUUUUUCUCACGGGGAUUCGACAGUAAGUCGGGUCUCCUACAUGGGACUCCCCCAGGGCUCAUGUUUAAGCCCCCUUUUGUACAACUUCUAUGUAAGCGACAUCGACAAUUGCCUUACACAAAAUUGCAACCUAAGACAACUUGCAGAUGAUGGAGUGGUGUCUGUCGUAGGAUCAAACGAAUCCGAACUGCAAGGACCCUUACAAGAUACUUUGAACAAUUUUUCAACCUGGGCCAUUGGGCUAGGGAUCGAAUUCUCCACGGAGAAAACAGAGAUGGUGUUUUUUUCUAGGAAGCAUAGACCAGCAAAACCAAAGCUUCAACUUUUGGGUAAACCGAUCACUCAUGCUAUGUCUUUCAAGUAUCUUGGGGUCUGGUUCGACUCCAAAUGUACUUGGGGGGCCCAUAUUAGGUAUCUGAGUAAAAAAUGCCAACAAAGAAUAAACUUUCUCCGUACAAUUACCGGCACCUGGUGGGGAGCCCACCCAGAAGAUCUUAUAAUGUUGUAUCGAACAACUAUUCUCUCAGUGAUGGAGUAUGGCAGUUUCUGUUUUCAAUCAGCUGCCAAAACACACCUCAUUAAACUCGAGCGAAUUCAGUAUCUUUGUCUCCGUAUUGCGUUGGGAUGUAUGCCCUCAACGCAUACCAUGAGUCUCGAGGUUUUGGCAGGCGUACUCCCACUAAAAGAUCGCUUCAAUUUAUUAUCUCUUCGGUUCUUCAUUCGGUGUAAGGUUAUGAACCCAUUGGUGAUCGGAAAUUUUGAGCAGCUGAUCGAGCUAAAUUUUCAUUCUGGAUUCAUGAGCUCAUAUCAUGAAUUCGUCUCCAUGCAGGUUGAUCCUUCUUCGUAUAUUCCCAACCGUGUUUGUUUUCCUGACUACAUCAAUUCCUCUGUGCAUUUUGAUCUGUCCAUGAUGCAGGAUAUCCAUGGAAUUCCAGAUUAUCAUCGAUCGGGGAUCGUUCCUACGAUUUUCGAAGCAAAGUAUGGGCGUGUCAAUUGUGAUAAUAUGUACUUUACUGAUGGGUCCUCUAUGAAUGAGUCCACAGGAUUUGGAGUGUUCAACAAAUUUUUUAGCACCUCACACAGUCUUCAGUAUCCUUGCUCAGUGUAUAUUGCUGAAUUGGCAGCAAUACACUGGGCGCUGGACAGCGUCGCCUCACGACCUGUUGAACACUAUCACAUUGUAACGGAUAGUCUUAGCUCUGUCGAAGCUAUCCGUUCAGUGAGGCCGGAAAAGCACUCGCCGUACUUCCUUGAGAGAAUACGAGAAAUUUUGAGUGCUUUAUCCAGACGCUGUUAUGUCAUUACCUUUGUCUGGGUCCCUUCACAUUGCUCAAUUCCGGGUAAUGAGAGGGCUGACUCAUUAGCAAAGGUAGGUGCAAUUGAAGGCGAAAUUUAUCAGCGUCAAAUCGCCUUCAAUGAAUUUUAUUCUUUAGUUCGUAAAAAUACCAUCGUUAACUGGCAACGCAAAUGGAACGAAGAUGAAUUAGGCCGGUGGCUCCACUCAAUUAUCCCUAAGGUUAGCCUCAAUCCGUGGUUCAAAAGUCUGGAAUUGAGUCGGGACUUUAUUCGCACCUUCUCCCGACUCAUGUCCAAUCACUGUUCGUUAGACGCGCUGCUUUUUCGUUUUAAUCUUGCCGACAGCAAUCUCUGCGGUUGUGGCCAUGGUUACCACGAUAUCGAACACGUUGUUUGGUCGUGCGAGUUGUAUCUUGUCGCCAGAUCGAAUUUAGAAAACUCCCUUCGGGCUGGAGGAAAGCAGUCCAAUGUGCCGGUGAGAGAUGUGUUGGCUCGGUUAGACCUUGAUUACAUGUCCCAAAUAUAUGUUUUCCUUAAAGCUAUCGAUCUUCGAGUGUGAUUGUUUAUACAUCCUUUUCCCCCUCCUUUUCGUCCUUCGCGAGCUAUCGGUUCCCUUCCUACUAACAUUAGAAUAAGUUAAAUUGUAAAUACAUAUUAGAUGUAAGGAUAGUUUUAAGAAUUGAGUGUGAAGUGUCAGUGUGAAUGAGAAUGUGAAUGUGAAUGUGAGUGCGAGUGUAAACACACAUCUCCUUACAUCCCAUCCUUUUCCUAAUGAAAAUGUGUCACCCUUCUAAACUCGAGUCGACCGCGAGUAAUCGGUUUCCUAUUUCAUUAACCAUAGAAUUAAGGAAACAACAUGUUGAUAUAUGCUAGUUGAAAUAUAGUUAAGAGUUUGGCUCCAUUAAACUUAUGUAACUGAGCCUGUAAAAAUAAACGGAUUAAUAAAAAAAAAAAAAAAAAUCAUGAUUUCCAAAUUUGUCUCGCAGCUCUGAAUCACACUGCGUUUCGAUGAGUUCCAUCUGCAUGUUUUCAACGGCAUGUACAUCAUCGAAUCUGAAAAGGGGUGAAACAAUUGGAGUAUUCUUUCGUGUGCUUUGACGUCCCAAAACCUGCGUGAAAAAUCAGCAUUUUUUAACUGGAGUGCAUCAACAUUUUUCUUAGUUCUGAUGAUGAUGAUGUGCAACUAUAUUUCGACUACACCAAAUUCAGUAUCGAACAAAUAAAUGUUAUACUCAACGAGGAACUACAGAAUAUAGCAAACUGGUCUAAAGUAAAUGUAAUGCAGAUCAAUGCAUCCAAAACCAAUGCUCUGUUCAUAUCACGCUGCAGAUCACCUGCUUUACCAGAAUUGCGAGACAAGAGAGAAUACGUUUUGUCGACCAUGCAACUAGUUUAGGAGUCAUCAUUGAUUCCAGUUUCAACUGGGAUAGGCAUGUUUUAAAGCAAUGUGGUAAAAUCUAUGGAGCACUUCGAUCCAUUUACCCAUGCAUGGGCUUAUUAUUUAAAUACAGAUACAAAACUCAAGCUAUUCAAGUCUCUGAUACUUCCUUAUUUUAUGUCUGUAGAUUAUCUGUUGACUAAUGUAUCAGCAGCUGCAAUUUACAAAAUCAGAUUUGCUUUGAACUCUUGUGUGCGUUUUGUAUACAAACUUAAUAGAUUUUCUCGUGUCACUCACCUGCAGAAGACCUUGUUGGGAUACUGUUUUUACAAUUUCCGAAAAGCUAGUGCAGCCAUAUUCAUUCAUCAGCUCAUUGCUACUCGCAAACCUGAAUAUUUAUAUAACAAGCUGUGUCCAUUUCAAAGCGCUCGAUUCUGUAAAUUCAUUAUACCUCGAUACGAAACUGCACAAUAUGGUAGAUCAUUUUUCGUAAGAGGAGUUGUUCACUGGAAUGAACUUCCCCAGGAUGUAUCCAAUAUAUCUAAUAAGGCAGCAUUCAUUAAAAGAUGUCGCGAAAUUUUCUAGUUUGUAACUUUUUGUAUUAGUUUGUUAUUUUUGUACUAGUUUAGAUUUUUUUUGUCUCAAUAAUUCGUGGCGUACUUCAUGUAUACUUAUUUUUUUCGUUUGUCACUAAAAAAGACAGCAAGUCUUAUGUUACUCAAGUAUAAAUAAAGUAAAUAAAUAAAGUAAAUGGUUAGUUUCAUGACAUAUAUUAUUUUCUCAAAUAUGAAAAAUUGUUAUGGAGUGCCGAAAUCGAUUGACGCAAAAAUUUCAUCAAUCCAUCAUGAAAUGACUGAGCAAUAAGCGUUUGAAAUUGGACAAUUUUCACGAUCUGCUCGAUUUUCGAUUUUCAAUUUGUACCCCAAUAUGUUCCCGAAAGACGUAGGAUUCUACGUCAAAAUGUAUUGGAAUCAUCGUCAAAGGUCCUCACUAGAUUCGGGAUAUUAUAACCAUCGAGAAUUACGAUCACAUCAUCAGGGCUGGCUUUUUGUUAAAUUUGAUGAAUGGAUUCCACGUGACGGGCAUAGGUAUCCUGUUAUGGCUGAUAUGGCUGUUCGGAUGUCACAGAUGUACGAAUGUCACAGGUUACUAUGAAAACUGGGGAAGAAUGAUGCGUAUGGCUGUUUGCUCCAAACUUUCACAAGCGCAAUAAAAGAGAAGAGGUGUUAUCAGUUCGUCUGCAAAAGAAGUCGUUGAAGAAAAAUGUAAAUAAAACAAAUAAAGAUAGUUCAUGGGAUGUACGAUUGUUUUCUCAUUUCCGUUCUACGAACGUUUUAUCCUAUCUGGUAUAGUAUUCUCUGAUGCAUCAUAAAAUACACAUAGCUAGUACUCUAAGGUAUUUCAUGUUUUAUGUAUUAUUUCCAGAUAAGUUGGACCGCUGCCCAAUGUGUCGAGCUGCUAUUACUAGUUUUUUUUGCAUUCGAUCGGAAGACUACAUACCGCCUAGUACAAUUGAACCUAAGAUUUUUUAGGAUUCAGAUAGCAAGUUUUAGAGUAGUGCAUACAGACAUACGAUUUCUUGAUUGAACAAGGAAUUUUGGGCGCACGUGUUUCGUAUUUCUGAAGAUGGUAGCAACGUGAGGAACAUAAUUUUAUAUAUAAAUGGAACAGUUUGAACCAUGUGGCAGUAUUCACGAUAUUCUGCAACCCUAGAAUGAAACGAACUGAUAGUGUUAAUAGAUAAAUUAUGCUGUGAUCUAUAAUGUGAAUACGUGAAUAGACAACCGUUGGUCAAUGAAAAAAAAAACCGGAUUAUAAACGCGACAGGAAUACACAAACUUAUUCUUUUACAUCAACAUAAUUUCACCCACUGCUUCAGAAUAUGUACAUGGUGCAUUUUUUCAAUAUACACUGGAUUCUUUUUUUACGCGAUAGAUGCGUGCGCGCCAAAAACAUCGCGUAAUUUUAAGCAAGUCGCCUAAUUUCGAGCAAAUCGCGUAAAAAAAGUAUUAUGUAUUUUGACAAAAUGUUUUUGUUCGUAGUGCGAACGAGGCCGCAUGCGCGUCGUUUGUGUUCUUGCGUGCGUGCGUUUGAGUGCGCUCGUGUUUGUGUGUAUGGAUAUAUUUGUGUAUUCGUGUGUGCAUCGUGAUGCAGUUUUGUCAUUGUGUAUUUCAUGUUCUCAAGCAAGUCAAUCAUCUCAUGUAGAUCUUAAUAAAAUCUGGUUAUCAUUGCAAACUAUAAUUUAACAGAGCGAUCUUACAUAUAUGUUUUAAAGUUUGAUCUAGUGCAUUAUUUCCUAACUGCUAGCGUUGUCAUUUGAGUUCCCUACCUACCUACCUACCUACGGAGAAUAUUGAAGGACCAUUAAUAUAAGGCCAUUGCAUAUUUUAUUUCUUAGAAGAAAUGCAGAGUACACAGCAUAAAUAAUGUUUAAGGGUUAUACUGUUAGAAUAAUAUUGCAUUUAGCAUGAUCGAGUGAAUUUGGAUACGAUCGAGUAUUAUACGAAUGCUACCAGGUCUCUGGAUGUUUUGAAUGACUGUUACCAGCUCCCAAUAACUGUGCGAUUUGUCGAUUGGACAUCAGUGAGUAAUAGAUGAUCCAUGUUCCAUCCGUAGGAGGAAAUGAUGAUGACCUUAGUUUACUAAGUCUUCUGUGUUCUUCAUAAUGAUGGUUUGAUUAGUCGUGUACGACUAUCUCGUAUACUUUACGGCAGGUUUAUUUAUUCAAAUUGAAAUAUUCAAUCAUAUAACUUAUGUAGGAAUAUAGUUCUCUGAAACAUUGUACGUCGCAAUCUAUAACUGUAUCAAUUAUACGUUUUAAUGCAAUAUCAAUGUAUAGCAUUCAAGGAAAUAGCAGAAUCUUAUUUAUGUAGAGUAGUACGUAACCUGAAGUAAACAUGGUAUAAUAUCUAAAA